GUUUUGUAACAUUUCUUCCUUCCCUACGACCGACCAUUAGAAAAAAGUGGCGGCGCGGCGCGCGGUCCCCCCGACCCCACCUGAACCGCGGCUUCGCUGCGGACGCAGCGCCCAGGCCCCGGCGGCUUCAGGAGCCAGCGGGCACCCUUCCUCCCCGCGAGAUUCCUUUCCAUUUCAAGGAGGAAAGUCAAGAUAUUUUUACUCAGUGGAAGAAUGAUGUAGUUUCAUCCUAACCUUCUUUUCUUAUGCUUCCAGAGUGGCUCAUUCUUGGUCUCCACGCUGAACUUCUUCAGGGGGUGUCGAAGGUCAGGAGCUGCAGCAUGUGAUCUAAUCCUUCUAGAGAUCCCCUCUGGAAGGUUACGAUGGGAAUGAGCCUGACCACUUGGACGGUUUCCCCGACUUGUUGCCUCUGCCCGCAAGUUCGUCCUUCAGAAGUCAGGAAAGUGCUGCUCGUGGUGGUGGCCUCCCAGGAGCAAGGCGUGGCGGUGUAGACAGGAAUGGAUGAGAGCGACUCGGGGGCCCUCGGACGCGUGCUCCCGGAGGUCUAGUCUGGGGACGCCCCUCGCGGGCCACGGCCGCAUGGCCGACUCCUGAGCCAGGAUGCUGCGCCGGGGGCUGCUCGCCUGGGCCUCCCGCGUGGUGGUCUUGCUUGUGCUCCUCUGCUGCGCGGUGUCCGUCCUGUACAUGCUGGCCUGCACUCCGCGGGGCGACGACGAGCGGCUGGGGCUGCCCCGGGCCAACGGCCCCACGGGCAGGGCCGGGUCCCAGGCGGCGGAGCUCGGCUGGGAGGAGCGCCACCGCGACCACGUCGGGAGCCUCAAGAGGCAGAUCGCGCAGCUGCAGGACGAGCUGCAGGAACGCAGCGAGCAGCUGAGGGCCGCGCAGCAGCUGGCCGGGGAGCCCGCGGGGGCGCCGGGCAGGGCCCAGGCCGACCUGCUGGCCUUCCUGCGCUCGCAGGUGGACAGGGCGGAGGUGCACGCCGGCGUCAAGCAGGCCACCGAGUACGCCGCCGUGCCCUUCGACAGCUUCACGCUGCACAAGGUGUACCAGCUGGAGACCGGCCUCACCCGCCACCCCGAGGAGAAGCCGGUGCGCAAGGACAAGCGGGACGAGCUGGUGGAGGCCAUCCAGUCGGCCGUGGAGGCCCUCAACAGCCCCGCCGAGAGCAGCCCCGACCAGCGGCCCUACACGGCGUCGGACUUCAUCGAAGGCAUCUACCGCACGGAGCGGGAUAAAGGCACUCUGUACGAGCUCACGUUCCGAGGGGGCCACAAGCACGAUUUCCGGCGCCUGGUCUUGUUCCGGCCCUUCGGCCCCAUCAUGAAGGUGAAGAAGGAGCAGCUGAACAUGGCCGGCACGCUGGUGAACGUCAUCGUGCCGCUGGCCAGGAGGGUGGACAAGUUCCGGCAGUUCAUGCAGAACUUCAGGGAGAUAUGCAUCCAACAGGACGGGAGGGUUCAUCUCACUGUCGUUUACUUUGGCAAAGAAGAAAUGGAUGAGGUCAAAGGAAUACUUGAGAACACUUCCAGGCUGGGCGGGCCCCACAGAGCGUGGACGGUGAGACUGUUGAGAGCAGAGACCUGCUGCAGCUCCGAGAGGAAGCUGGGCCCCAGGGUGGGGGAAGAACAGGUGGAGAGUCAGGCAUCUCUCAAGGGUCGAACCGUCCUGGAAACGGACCAGAGCCGCCAACUUCAGGAACUUCACCUUCAUCCAGCUGAGCGGGGAGUUCUCUCGGGGGAAGGGGCUGGAUGUGGGUGCCCGCUCCUGGAAGGGCAGCAACGUGCUGCUCUUCUUCUGCGACGUGGACAUCUACUUCACCUCCGACUUCCUCAACACCUGCAGGCUGAACACGCAGCCAGGGAAGAAGGUGUUUUAUCCCGUCCUUUUCAGUCAGUACAAUCCUGGCAUAAUAUACGGCCAUCACGACGCAAUCCCUGCCUUGGAGCAGCAGCUGGGCCGAGAAUGGAAGCCGCCCUGUGACCCCGAGGAAUGCUGGAGUCCCUAGUGCUUCCCUGCAGCAGGAAAGGGAACUGAUUUCACUGAACAUGUGUUCUAAGGAAUUCUUUUGGAAAGCCGAUUCUGUGUUGAAGCUUUCAGAUGUAGGAAAACCUGUUGUCUCCCGUCCCCGCGCCCCCCAUCCUGGGUCCCCUUCCUGUUCUUCUCUGGCAGCUGAUAUAUAAUGACCUUUUCCAGAAAGUUGCAGCUUGGGCUGCUGCAGGCUAGACAAGGGUGAUUCUGCACCCCAUCCUAGUUGGAGCCUGACCAUCAUCCUCUCUUCCCCCCGGGAAGUUUUAAUAUCUCAGCUUCUUUGUCCGACUCUGCGUGCUGUGUGCAUAUGCAGGUGCUUCACACAUCAACACUAAGAGUUCUUCACUCCCCAAGAACCAGUGUUUACCUACUUAGGGGUGAUAACCGCGCCUGUUGAGACAGAGAAAUUUCACAUUUCCUCUCCAUAGAGUUCUUAGCUUCUCAUAAGGGCUCAAGUGGGAAUCGAAUUAUGGGUUUAUUUUCUUUCAACCAUUCAGAAUAAAAGUUCCUCUGAUUUUAAACAAAGUGCAGCUUUACAUUUGACGUUGAAUGGGCUUCAUGGUUCAGCUUCAAAUCAAGGCCUUACUUGCUUGCAGGGAAUUCAUUUCAAUGAACAGUUUAAAAGUUUCAUCCUUUUGUUGCGGUUCCUGUGGGGAAGCCGGAGGAUCUGGUCAAACCAGUUUCUCGAAUCCUUAGAAUCAGUAGUCAAGUCAGAAGCAGAACCCAGACUGCUGUGUCCACAGCUCCGAGGCCUCUGAGCUCUGCUGCAACCUUGACCACUCACCUCCAAGUACCCCUGAGACCUUCACUUCUUUCUCCUAGACUCGACCAGGGUCACACAGCCAGCUAGAACUCAGGUCAAUACCAGGAUUCACUUACCUAGUGUGGUGGAAACAGUAUUGCUCAGGAUCUAGGUGAGAACAGAAAUACAAGGGAAAUGUCAGAGGAGAACAUCCAACCCCAGAAGUUAAUACGGUGGAGAGAGGACGUGUGGGUGCAGAGAGGGGGUAAAAUAAAAGGUGAAGAUUGGAGGUGGGUGAAUUAGGAAAGGCUUCCUGCCAGGGGUUCAUUUUGGCUCAGUCUUGAAACAUCCGACACAUACAUAUUAAUAAAUUAUUGAGAGCCUUCGCUGGAACAUGUCAGUAUCAAGGGGAAGGCAAAGCUCAGAUGCAGAACUCGGCUGUGACAGGUGACGGCCAUGUUCAGAUAAGAGGCAGGCUUUGCCAGCAGCCCUGCUGAUGUGACCUGGGUACCAGUUAUCACUACUGGCUAUUGCCUCUGACGUUUGAUACCAUCUGCCUGCAGACAAAGGCGAGAAACCAAAUUUAAGGGGACUUCUUUUGCAUUCAGGUUACUUCUUUCUGUACAUUUGAGUACAGUUAGUAAUCAGCAUUAAGUGAAAUCAUGGGAUUUCAUACUAUUGUUGGACCUAUUGAGUUUUAAACCUGAGAUGAGCCUUGCUGAUGUUUUAGUGUAGAAACAACCUUCCAAGAAAGGAAUAACCCUAAUUUAAACAAUUGCUAAUUUCAGACUUCCCCUUUGCUGGUUUGAGCCUUGUCAGUUCCUGCUGAGGCCCCCUGGCAAGAAGCUGUCAGGAAUCAUCUCUCCUUAUGCUCCAGUCUCUCUGUCACCUUAGGCCAGAGAUGCGAUUCCAAAACACAGAUUAAUUCUGUUAAAAAAAAAUUUUUCUUUUGAGGACUUUGCUGAUGGUCCAGUGGUUAAGAUUCUGCAUUUCCAAUGAAGGGGACAUGGGUUCGACCCCUGGUCGGGGAACUAAAAUACCACAUGCCAUGUGGUGUGCUCCAAAUGAAGUGUUUAAAGCCCCGUCUAUGAAGGGAGAAGGAGCUGCCUGUCUUCCAGACGUCAGUCUUCCCACGGGGCCUGGUUUGGGCGCCCUCUGACGUCUCGGAACAGAGCUGAGGAGAGAUUUCCUUGCUGGUCCCAGCCACACCAGCACAGCCCAGACCCCUGAUUCCUUUGGGGAUGAACUGCCCUCCACAAUCUGACCCUCAGACUGAUCACAGAGGAGUUGUCUGCAGACCCUGGCACCUGGGUGUGACCCUGGGUCAGACUUCCCCACUGCAGACCCUGGCAUCUGGGUGUGCCCGCUGCUCUGCCAGGCGGGCAGCCCUGCCCGGGGUCUCCCAAGCUGCCCACCCCCCCCAGGGCCAUCUCCUCUCCAAUGCUGAGGCCACGAUGCCUGGCCGCCCCCUCUGCCACGUGGUCCUGCCCCCCACUGCCUGACGAGUGGUCAGCGUGCGCCUGGUAUGCAGGCCUGGCCCCAGCUCUCUCUGCUUAGACCCUUCUCUCUCCUUUCGUCCAAAGAGGACUUUGCCACUGGUCCGAAUUUCAGUUUAAACUUCUAAGAACUGAUAACUGGGCCUGGGCCAUCCUCUUGGUCUGUUUCUGUUUGUUCCACUAGCAGAGUCUCCCUGAGAACCGAGAGUCCCAUUAACACGUGCUGUGUCCGUGGCCUUGGGCAGCUGGCAUUCUCUGCCUGCGUGGUCCGUGAAAAGGACUGUCCUGCUCACAUCACAGGGAGAACCGUGCGGCUCAGGGGCGGGUGUCACUUGUUCAGAAGCCUCCAUGCUGGGGGGCAGGUCGGGGACUCCCUGACUGCAGCAGCGGAGGUGGGGGCGUGUUCUCGGUUCCACGUGCUUCCAGGGGGCAGAGAGUCUGACUUUGGGUCACAGGCUCCCAGGACUGAGCCCUGAUCCAGCACAAAGUCCUUCAGAAGAGACUUCAUUUUUUAACGCAGAUAAAAGGAGACUAAUGGAAAAGGGUGAGUUAGUGCAAGUCUUGGAGCAGGUGGCAGCUGAGUCCAUUCUUAAACCCAUUCUUUGAAAGCCGUGGCUUGCGAAAUGCCUUCCUUCUCGAGAAAUGGUCACCGUCACGGCCACGCUGGUGCUGAUUGGGGCUCGGGCCCGACUGGCUGAGUGAGUGACGGUGGGUGAGUCAUUCCGUCGCCCAGCCUGAGGCCCGUGCGCACGCUUGUGCCGCCUUGGGGCCCGGACCCCCAGGGGUCUAUGGCGGGGUAAGGGGCAGCUUGGCUCUGGGACCCACAGACCAGGGUGUCUGCCACUUACUGUGUGAUGCCCGGCCUGGGGCAGGCCCUUCCCAGAAGGUGUUUAUGGAGGACCCCAGGACAUCACCGGAGCAUCUCGCCAGGGGAGAGGCAGGCCUGCAAACCCCGGGCAUGUGGGGUUUCUGGUGACGUGAGGCCAGCCAGAUGCAGCCUUGGUUCCUGGGAGCCUGUCUCUGACUUGGAGGAAAUAUUCUGCCUGAGUAUUUGUAGUUUAGUUUACCUUCUGACCCAGAGUGCUUCCUGCGGGACUGCGGGGAGCCGCCUUCUUGCAUCUGUGGGGAGAGGCUGAUUUGUGCUUGGUGUUCGGUUCUGAUUGGAAGUCAUCACUCCUGUUGGUGACCGCCGUCCCGCGGGGUGUGGCCAGCACGGGCAGUGCCUGCUGGGCUCAGGGCAUGGAGACGGGCCCGGCGGAGGGGCAGGCGGCCUUGUGAUGAGCAGGGCGCUGGAAACGGGUGAAAUCCAGGCCUUGUGACGAGCAGGGUGCUGGAAAUGGGUGAAAUCCAGGCCUUGUGACGAGCGGGGCGCUGGAAAUGGGUGCGAUCCCGGCCGGGCAAUGCUGCCCUUACGGCAUCACCGUGGUCUGCGGUCUCCUCCUCCUCUGACGCGGUAGAUGUUGCCCAUGUGUGUCACUCCCCUGUCCGGGAGUCGGGGGCAGAGGUUCUAAGAAGCUGAGCCAUCUGCUUGGAGCCUAGGAAGGCGAGAGUCCUUCUCUGUGGGCCCAGAGCCCACGGAUCUGGGGGUCUCCUCGGUGGACGCCUAGGCCUUGGGCCGAGCUCCUCGGGGCUAAGCGUUCCCCACCCGAGCUGCGUCCGUCUCCGGGGGCCGGGCGCUCUCCUUCUCUGCCAGAGGAGUGACGGAGGGCCGGCACCUGUGCUCGGUGGUCCCGGGGCUGCAGGUCUCGCCGUGAAGGAGACCCAGAGCCUGUGUUCACCAGGUGGUGGGUGGGUGUGGACGGCAGGCAGAAACAGCCCAUCAGCAGGAGAGCUUCCGGGAGCCCUGGUGUUUCAGGGAAACCGUAAACCGGCCGGCAGGACGUGAGGUGGGAGCUGACACUGGCGGGGGGUCAGGGUGACCGCUCUCAGCGGAGUCCUCGUGGUGGGCGACCCUGGCCGGGUGGCGUCCAGCAGGUGCCUGGCCUUUGGAGGCCUGUGAGCCUGGCACAUCCGCGGGGACCCGAGACAGGCAGGGCAGGCAGGAGCAGCUUACCCGGGGCCUCUGGAGGCCCCGGAGGUUCCCCGCGGGUUUUAUUCUGAUUGCCUUGUGGCGGAGGGAGCUCACCCACUGCAGGGCUUGGAUGGGGCCAGACUGUGGUCUGAUGCACACUUGAGGCCCCUCAGGCUCCAGCUGAAGCGCAUGGACUCUGCCAGCCUGCCUCUCUUGCCCCCGACGGCACCUGCCGAGGGCACCCCCAGGUCCGUUCCCACGAAGGGCUGAAUGUCCACGUGCUCUUCCAAGACCGGCUUUCUGUGGCCUGCGGGCUUCGGAGCCCGCGUUGAGAAGUGUUUGUGUAGCUCAUUCCCUGCCCAUGGUCACCCUCCUCUGUCUCACUGUCCCCAGGCGAGCGCCAUACCUUGCCGGGCUCUGCGUCCACUCAGCGGGCCCUGGCUGGCCACCUCCAUAACCCCUCUUGUCUUUCUUCCCCAGCGUUGGCCCUCGUUUUUCCCGUUUGGGGCCUUCUCUCAAAUUCCAGGGAGACCUCCGCCACACGUUUGAAGUUGGGGUGCUGGCGUGGCUCUCUGACGGCAUUUUUACCCAGGCCUUGUCCUGACCGCCAGAAGGGACAGGAGCCAUCAGCUGCGGAAGAAGCAGUGUCCUCGCCACCGCUGGGAUGGAGCAGAAGCCAUUUCUAAAAAGGGACUCAGUGCAGAUUUUCCUAGGCUUUCCUGCCCUGUGAAAUCGCUCCAGCUGAUACUAAUGAAACUGUUGCUGGGGGCUUAUCCUGCAGCAAGCCUUUGUUCUGGAGUUGAGCUGGGAGGACACAGGCUCCCUACUGGCCCGUCUUCUCCUUGGUCUGCUUCGUGCCAGGCGGAGAGCCGAUGACCUCUGUGUGUGUAACUGCAGAGGAAUAAGGUGGUCUCAUUGGUUGCAGAGUAAAGGGAAGGUUAGGUCCCUCACCGCUUCUGCAGGCCAUUUGUUGAGUGUAGUUUUAGCCUGUGGAGUGGAUAGAGUGGAGUUUCCCUGGUGGCUCAACAGUACAGAAUCCGCCUGCAAUGCAGGAGUCCCAGGACACGCGUGUUUGAUCCUGGGCUUGGAAGAUCCCCUGGAGGAGGGCAUCGCAACCCACUCCAGUAUUCUUCUGGAGAAUCCCAUGGACAGAGGAGCCUGGUGGGCCACAGUCCACGGGGUCACAAAGAGUUGGACAUGACUUGAAGCAACGCUGCACUCACCCAUGAAUAGAGUGAGCCCUCAGGAAGGUGGGCGCGGUAGGGGGUGAGUGUUUGGGUGCUGGGCUGGACGAGCCGUCAGGGUGACUCGGCUCAAUGUCCUCUUUAAAGAAGAGGAAGCAGAGGGACCGGGGGGCCUGCCUGAGGCAGACGUGCCGGCCGGCGGGCUUGUGGGUCAGGACUUGCCAUUUCCAGUUAGCCGGGAGCCAGGCCCGGCAUCCCAGGUGGAGACCGCAGGCAGGAGGGGGCCCUGCUGGGGGGCCUCCUUUCCUCCCAGCACCUACGAGAGCUUCCAGAAUGAACCCGGAAAAAUAACCAGUACGGUCACAAAUCUGUUUCCAGGUUUACUGCAGCCGUACAUAUAUAAGUAACAAAAAACACCUUUGAAGUCUUGCUGCUCCAGCAAAUGUGUUGGAAAUGGACUUCUGAAGUGAGACAUGCGCAGGGCCAGGCCUGGCUUUUCACAGUUGCCUUCAGGCGGAGGGGACACCCCCCCCCCCCAGCUACUUAGACUGGGGGAGCAGAUGGUGCUAAAGCAGUCCGUGGAUGAGUGGACAGAGCGUGUCCCCAGGACCUGGCCUCACCGCGUCCUCGUCCUGGGCCAGCACUGCUGACUCGGGCUUUCUUUUCAUCCCUCGAGGGUGUCCUGUUCGCACCCUGGGCCAGGAUGGCUGAGUUCCAGGUCAUUCUCUCUCCUUCUUUCAAACAUCCCCAGCCCAAUGCCAGGCCGGACGCAUAGACGGCUUUUCCAUGGUGCUGCCCCAAAUCGGCCCUCCCCACUGGUCUCUGAGUGUGAGUGUGUGUGUGUGUGUGUGUGUGUGUGCAAGCCUACACCUAGAAACGCCCCAGCCAGAGGUGCCAGAUGUCACCGGGCCUGUUGAGGACAGGCGGCGGUUUGCUGUGCCCGGUCGUCCGCGCCCCCACCAGGGUUGGCUGUGUCAGCGACGCCCCCUCCAUGUCCACUCCCAUCUCCCUCCGUCCAGUGAUGGCGCUCUC